GGUGGCAGGCGGGGAGGCCGCUGGGUAGGAGGCAUCGCGGCUGCAGCGGCCUGACCUUCCAGGGCCCCCGCAGGAGUGCGGGAGAGGCUGGGGCGCGGGCGCCGGACCGGCCCUCCACCUGCCCCUCUGCCCGUUUGCCCCGCGCCCGGUGCUCCAGGACCCCACCGAUGUCGGGAGCUAUCUUCGCGCCCCUGGAGGGCCCAGGCGCCCUGGACGCCGCGGGCAGCCACCCGCUCGUGUGCCCACUGUGCCAGGCGCAGUACGAGCGCCCGUGCCUUCUCGACUGCUUCCAUCACUUCUGCGCCGGCUGCCUGCGCGGCCGCGCCAUCGACGGCCGCCUCGCCUGCCCGCUGUGCCAACACCAGACGGCGGUGAAGGGCCCCGGCGGGCUCCCUCCGGUGGACCGGCUGCUCCAGUUCCUCGUGGACAGCUCGGGGGACGGCCUGGAGGUGGUGCGCUGUGCCAACUGUGACCUGGAGUGCAGCAAGCAGGACUCGGAGACCACGUACUUCUGCAACACGUGCGGGCAGCCGCUGUGCGCGCGCUGCCGCGAAGAGACGCACCGGGCACGCAUGUUCGCGCGCCACGACAUCGUGGCCCUGGGCCAGCGCAGCCGCGACGUGCUCCAGAAGUGCACGCUGCACAGCGAGCCCUACAUCAUGUUCUCCGCCGACAAGAAGUCGCUGCUGUGCAUCCGCUGCUUCCGGGACAUGCAGGGGGAGAGCCGAGCCCACUGCGUGGACCUCGAGUCGGCCUACGUGCAGGGCUGCGAGCGGCUGGAGCAGGCAGUGCUGGCCGUGAAGGCCCUGCAGACCGCCACGCGGGAAGCCAUCGCGCUGCUGCGGGCCAUGGUGGAGGAGGUGCGGCGCAGCGCCGCGGAGGAGGAGGCCGCCAUCCACGCCCUGUUCGGCAGCAUGCAGGACAGGCUGGCCGAGAGGAAGGCGCUGCUGCUGCAGGCUGUGCAGAGCCAGUAUGAGGAGAAGGACAAGGCCUUCAAGGAGCAGCUCUCCCACUUGGCCACCCUGCUGCCCACCCUGCAGGUUCACCUGGUCAUCUGCUCCUCCUUCCUCAGCCUGGCCAACAAGGCCCAGUUCCUGGACCUGGGCUACGAGCUGAUCGAGAGGCUGCAGGGCAUCGCCACGCAGCCGCACCCCCUGCGGCCAGAACAGAGCAGCAAGAUCGUCAGCGACCACCGUGCGGAGUUCUCACGCUGCCUGGAACCGCUGCUGCUGCCCCCCGGGCCUCGGUGGCCAGCGGGUGCCGGGGGCGGCACCAACUCGGUGGCAGGGGGCUCAGGCCCCAAGGGGCUGGGGGCACCGAGCUGCCCUUCCCCGGUGGGGAAGAUGUUGGGGUCGCCGGUCCAGAAGCCCACGCUGCACCGGCCCAUCAGCACCAAGGUGCUGCUGGCAGAGGGGGAGGACACGCCCUUCCUGGAGCACUGUCGCCACUACGAGGACUCCUACGGGCACCUGCAGGCCGAGCUGCAGAGCCUGAAGGACCAGGUGCAGGAGCUGCACCGGGACCUCACCAAGCACCACUCGCUCAUCAAGGCCGAGAUCAUGGGCGACAUCCUGCACAAGGCCCUGCAGGUGGACGCACAGAUUGCCUCGCAGCUCACGUCCGUGGAGGCCAUGAGAGGCGUCUUCCAGGAGAUGUGGGAGGAAUCCUACCAGCGGGUGGCCAACGAGCAGGAGAUUUAUGAAGCCCAGCUCCGUGACCUGGUCCAGCUGAGGCAGGAGAACGCCUGCCUGACCGCCAUCACCAAGCACAUCACCCCCUACGUGCGCUCCAUCGCCAAGGUGAAGGAGAGGCUGGAGCCCAGGUUCCAGGUGCCUGCGGACGCAGAGUCAGAGCAUCUGCAGAACGUGUACGAUGACAGCUUGAGCGAGGAGACCCAGGACAGGGGUGACCCAGUGCGCAGCACGGACGAGAGAGAGGGGACCUUGGAGCCGAGAGGAAACAGCCGCACCCUGAGCGGCCCCCCAGAAGAUCCUCCACUGAAAAACAAAGAUCCUCACAGACCCAAACCUAAACACGGGGGUGACGGCCCCCCACGGAGGGAGCACCCCACUUAGCAGACGGGGCUGGCCCUGGGCCCGGGCCAGCUACAGCUUGCACACGGAGUCCCGCACGCUAAGGAAAAGUUGUUCCCCUGGGGUGAUUUUCUUAGGGGUAAAGGGCAAUUGUCUACCAGUGGUCAAACCCAGAAACUCCCUAUAAAGUCCU